CUCUGGGCUGAUCUGCUCUAGGUAGCAAUGUUACAGAUAGUUCUGCCGUUCUCAGUGUAAAUGACACCGAUGGUUCAUUUUAAAGCAAAACUGUGAGACAAUUUAACUUCAAACAUUAGACAAUAAUUUUUCAGCUCAAUUUUCCUUGAUCUAAUCUAGAUCAAAUAUAAAAGGAGAAGAAAACCAACUGAUAGUAGAUACCAGGUACCCAGAUAGAUAUCCCUCGUUCUUGUUCUGAUCUCUUUUGCUCUUUUGUUUUCUCCCCUUUAUUCUCUUUUUGGGUUUGUCUUUUUUUUCCUCAUUUUUCCCUUUUUAUUCUCUUGCUAUCUCUUUCUCUCUUAUUCUCUUUGUCUUUUCAACUGUAUAUCUUCAAUCACAAUGGCUUUACCGGCUCGCAACGAAUCAAGAAACCCCUUUGCUGACGCUCUUUACGAUUCAAGUUCAAUCAAUAAUGAGGGAAACUCUUUUUUGAUCUAUAAGAAGCCAUCUGGAAGAUCAACUAGAUCAGCCAGAUCAUAUUCACUAGAUUCAAUAAACGACAGUUUAUCCUCAAUCCCAAAUAUUUUUGAUCAUCCUUCUAUUGAAGAACCUGCUAUUCCCAAUAGAAGCAGAAAUAGAAAAAUCUACCACCAACCUACUACCAAUACUGCUACUGCUACUGCUCCCCAUCCUCCUCUUCCUACUGCUACCAAUACCAGUGCUAUUAAUUCCCCUCCAAGAAGAUCUUUUUCGACCCAAAGAAAAAAUGCUCACAUUUCGCCUCCUCCUCCAAGAAAGGAUCUUAGAAAUUACAGUAAUCAAACUGCUAUUCAAAGGUCGAAAUCUCUUUCAGCAAGAGAAGUCAUUAAUAAUAAACAAAGAACCAAAUCUUCGCAUGCUCACCAUCAUCCCAAAAGAAGCUCGAAAAAUAAAAAUGUCAACGUUAAAAUGCGUGGUGUGGACACUAUCGACCGAUUAGAUGUCUCUGGAUUAUUCGGUGCAUCUUUUCAUCAUGAUGGUCCAUUUGAUGCUUGUACUCCCCAUCGAAACAAAAAUAAUAAAAUUUCCCCAAUUCAAGCUUUUCCUAUCAACGGUCCUAAUUCUUCGAUAAAGGGCUUAGGUCCAAACAACCCCAAGCAAAAAACCAUCGAUGUCAUAAUGGGCAACGAUCAAGUUAAUGAUUAUAAUAAUAUUUCCAAUCAAAAGUAUAAGAUUAAUAAUCAUGAAAAUGUUAAUUCCAAAAAAGUGAAUAAAAUUGAUGAAAAUAGCAAUAAUAAUAUUAAAAAUGAUAAUAUUACUACUACUACUACUACUACUACUACUACUACUAAUAAUAAUAAUAAUAAUAAUAAUAAUAAUAAUAAUAAUAAUAAUAAUAAUAACAAUAACAAUAACAAUAAUAAUAACAAAAACAAAAACAAAAACUAUGGUAAUAAUGAUAAAUAUACGGAAAAUGAUAAAAGAGCACUUUCUCCUACUAGAAAAUACAUUGCAAUGCUCGAUAAAAAUGAUUCGGUGAUUGCUUUUGACGCUAAAGUCAAAGAAAUGCCAGUUCAUGGCCAAAUAACCAUGGGGUUGGGCUCCUCAACCUUUCUAGAUGGUGCACCUGCUUCUAAAACUGCUAUUCAAGAGAAUAAAAAUAUCACCGACAGCUUAUCGAGAAAGAAAUCUCUUUCCAGAAGAGUCCUAAGCCGCACAUUAUCCCACGACAAUAGCAACAGUAAUAACUAUAGUAGCAUCAAUGAAGCUCUAAGUAGUGGCGAUCAUAAUAACAAUUGUGGAAUAGAGAGAAAGAAAUCGUUGAGUAGAAGACUUUUAAGUCAUUCUAGUAAUAAUAAUGAUCUUAGACCCAAAAAAAGCUCAAGUUCCAAUGACGAUUUCGAUAAACCAAUUGAGUUUUCACCAGAAAACAUGGUCAGAGCGAAUUCAAAUGUCAAGAGGAAGAAAUCGUUGAGCAGAAGAUUAAUUGGAAAUCAUAUGCACCAUCACAAGUCUGAGGAGAAUAUUUCAAAUAGCCAUACAAAUGGGAAUAGUAACUCAUUAUUAAACAGAGUGAAGAGUUUAAAGGUGGGUCGUUUUAAUCGAUCAUAAUUAAUGAUGAAUUGUUGUUGUUUUUCUUGUUUUUUUUAUCAUUUUGUGUGUUUUUAUUAGUUUCUUGCUAAGAUGGAUUAUUUAAAUUUUGAGUAACUUGUUUAAAUUUCUUUCCUUUUGUUUUAUUUAAUUUUUAUUGAUUUUUUAUUGAUUUUUAGAAUAAUUUAUUAGAAUAAUUUUUUAGAUUAGA